AGUCUUGUUCUGCACUAUCACUCCCCUCUCCAGACAGCAUGUCCCGCGUUCAGAAAGACGCUAUCAAACGGCUAUGUGGGAACGAAGAAACGAUGGGCCUCGCAUUGAGCUUCUUCAGGAUAGCCUCUUUGUCCACCGGGCCCGGAACAGGAUAUGACCUACGCGACGCUGUCUCCGGCCUCCCAGCCGUCUGUGCGUACCUCGCCUCGGAAGGGUCGAGCAAUGGAGACGUCCCUGAGAAGGUGGCCCAGACCGCGUCCUGCCUCGCGCCCAAGGUCUGGCGCGCCACAGUCAAGACCGUCCGCGCCGCCCUAGACGCAGUCGCUGCGCGGGAGCAAGAGCAAGGAGAUGCGCCGCUUGAAUAUCAAGACUUGAUCUCGCAGAACAAACUGAGGAGACCCGCGUUCGUUGCCGCGUGCAUGAAUGAUGUGGAGAAGUCGCUGCUGAAGACGGGGCAGCUCCCCGAGGAGCUUCACCCUCCUAGUGAAUCAUUGAAGGUUUCUGUGUUUGUGUGGGUCUUGCAGAGCUUGUUUAAGAUGAGCUCCGUCACGCCUGAGAAGACGCUCAAGAGGUACGACGUUUCGCGCCGGGACUACGAAGAUAUCGUCGAGAUUCUCGAGGAGUCGUGUCAAGACGCGGCCGACAGGGUACGCAGGAAAGUAGCGGAGCUCAGGGCCACACAUGUCGCGGGUGUAACCGCGUCAACAGUGCCCGCUACUCAGGAAUCUGCACCGUCCACCAGGACGCCGUCUUUAUCCCCUUCCCGGUCUGCCCUGGCGACCGACAGCGAACGCGAGCUUUCCCUGUCCCCCCACAAGACACCCUCCAAGUCUGCCUUGAGAACAGACAGCGAGCGGGAGGCCUCUCUCUCCCCGCACAAGACACCCACUCACAAGCGGAAGGUCGCCUUCGCACAGCUCGGCGACGUAGACACCGAGCUCCUCGACACGCCAUCCAAGCGUCCGCGUCUCGCCUCCCCCGCGAAGCCUACACGAAGCCAACCCGUGUCUCCCGCGAAGCCUACGCAAACUGAGUCCUCCACCCCCGCUGAGCCUGUUCAGCCUCCUCUUACACAACUACCAACCGCCGUGCCGAACCCUAGCGCGAUCUCCCCCUCUAAGCCGAGUCGCCCCUCGGGUGGAGGCCCGCCGCCCCUCCCCGCACUCACCAUGCCGAAGCCGUCGAUUUUCCCGAGCGCGAAGUCUGCCUCGGCACAGUCUCCCCUCGACCUCCUCGCACAGCGGAGCAGCUCGCGGAGCCCCUGGAACAGCUCGUCGCCCACGCGGCCACAGACACGCUCACAAACACAGCCGCAGCCCACGCCCAAGCCUGCGCCUCCCGCCCCCGUCGCUGGCCCGUCGACACCCAGUCGCCGUGGACGGCCUCCCAAGGCAGCGGAGGGCAUGCCUAUGACGCCCGCGCGGACUACGCCCGGUCGUGCUACCCCUGCGCAUACGAGCCCUGGUCGCAGUCCUGCACGCCGGCGCGUCUCUGCGGCCCUCGCUGCGUUCGACGAGGACGAGGAUGGGGGGAGAUCGCGUCGCUUCCGCCCGGUGUUCUUGGACCAGAAGCAGUGGUUCCAGCGCGACCCGCGGGCAGAGCGGGAGUGGAGGAUGGUGGAGGCGAGGAUGCGGGAGAAUGGGAUGGGCCCGUUGAUGUUGGGGAGGGCAGGGAGGCGGCCGGUAUCUGCUUGAGCUUGAAGCUUGAAGCUUGGACUCUUGUGAUGAAGUGUACCAUUGU